CAUUCAGUUCGCAACCACCACGCGCCGCCGCCAAUUGCCAGUCACCCCCGCGGUCGCCAACACCACCCAGUCGCCCAUCAUGUCUCAAUCAGUAGUCGGCUCGCCACCACCCACAAAGUCCGAGAAGAAGCACAAAGACAAGAAGCGCUCCAGAGAAGAGGCCGAAGAGGUCCCCGCCGUUGAAGAUGCCCCCAAGAAGCACAAGAAGUCCAAGUCCGAGUCGCUAGAAACCGAGACGGCCGACAAGAAGGCCAAGAAGUCGAAAAAGUCCAAGAAGAGCAAGGUAGAGGCUGAGCCAGAGCAGCCUGAGGAGGAGGAGGAGGAGAAGGCUGAGCAGGAGGCGGCCGUCGCAUCAGAAUCCGAGGCCGAGGAAAAGAAGAAGCGCAAGAGCAAGGACAAGAAAGAGAAGAAGGAAAAGAAGGACAAGAAGGACAAGAAGAAGCGACAAGCAUCCGCCACCCCCGAGCCCGAGACCACAACCGAUGCGAUGGACGUCGACACCACUACCUCCUUCCCCACUGACGACGACGCCGACUUUCCCUUCUACACCCAGGUCCACUCGCUCUAUGUGCCCUUCUACCCCUGCGGUUUCGACAAGCCCAUUACCAACGUCGCUGCCCAACACCUCGAACCUCUGCUCAACCACUACUCCCCCGUCCUUCGCGGCGUUCUCCUCCGCUAUACCAACCUGAACCUCUCGGAGCGCCCCGUGCAAGCCUCCGUCAUCAACCCGCCCACCGACAAGACCCCCGCCCUCCUACGUUCGGUUGACGAAUACGCCGUCGGUUUUGCCUACCUGACCUUUGACGCACACAUAUUCAAGCCCGCCCGCGGCAAGUGGAUGGAGGGUGUUGUCCAGCUGCAGUCCGAAGGCCACAUUGGCGUGCAAUGCUGGGGGAGGUUCAACGCCAGUAUCGAGGCCAAGAGGCUGCCGAAGGGGUGGAAGUGGGUAGAUCUCAAGGGCGACCACAAGUCCUACAACCAACAAGAGGAGGAGCAGCAGGAGGAGGAGGAACAACAAGAGGAAGAGGACCAGCUGGAUGGCGAAGAGCUGCAGGUUGUCGAACAAGUGCACACGACCGGCUACUGGGUCGACGCCUCGGGCAAGAAGGUCUCGGGCAAGGUGCGCUUCAGAAUCAAGAACUUUGACGUCGGUCUCGCCGGCGAUUACGGCUACCUCUCGCUCGAAGGCACAUUCCUCAACGACCAAGACGAGCGCGCCCUGCAAAAGGAGGAGCGCGAGCUGGAGCGCAAGCGCCGCUCGAGGCAGAACCCCGGCGGUCUCCUCAGGCCAAUGAGCAGGAGGGUGCCCGAGUUCAGCAUGACCAAGUUCGGCAAGGAGGAGGAGGAAGAGGAUGCGGGCCAGAGGACCGUGUUUGCAAAGGUGACGGGCAAGGAGGGAGAUGUUACGCCGGAUGAUUAGGUGUGGU